GUGUUGAGAGGAUUUGGUCAGCAAAUGAAGCUGAAAAUAGUUUUUAGGAAAGUAUACGAUUAUGUUCGCUAUGAUCUAAAGGAGAUUUCUUUUCCAUCGUCUUUGCCUGACCCUCCUCAUAUUAAGAAGCGAAGAAAGUUGACUUGGAAAGAACGCUUCAAUGUGUUGAAGAAGGCAUGUAGGCUCUAUGCAGCAAGCUGGGUACACGACAUUGGUCCUGAUCUUCGACCAAAUGAUUACAAGAAGGAUGAAGGGAGUGAAGAUAAACCUGAUGACACAAAUGCAACAAACGACAAAAAGGAACCAUCAACAUUGGAAGAUCUUACGGUGGCAGCGAGAGGUGGAAUGGAGACCCUAAGGCCUGCUCUGCAGCGAGUAUAUAUGACAAGAGCAUCUGCCUAUAGAGAUGCACUCAAAAGCUUUAUUCAAGGAUAUCAAGAAGGAAUACAGCAGGUCAUGGCAAGGAAAGAAGAUACUCAAUUGAAGCAGAAGGAAGACAGUCCACAAAAGAAGGAAGACAGUCCACAAAAAUCAAUUUGAUUUUCUCUUGUAUUCUCAAAGCGAUGAGAGUCAACCAAAAACAUAUUCAUAUCUUAGAUAAUUUAUAGAAACAACGAUUUGCAUGUCAUUCCUUAGUUUUUGAAAGAGGCUUUUUAGAGGUAAGCUUUUCUUGCAAGUGGAA